AUGGCGGAUGAUCUCGAUUUUGAUGCAGUCGAGCAGCUGUUGGACAAUGCUGAGCGCGCCGCCAAUGCUGACUAUGAUGACGACCGCAGAAAAGACAAGAAGCGGCGUUCCAGGACUCGAUCGCGCUCCGCACGCCGCGGCCGCUCACGGAGCCGCAGCCGUGAGGCGCGGCGCCUGGAGAAGGAGCGCGAGAUGGAGGAAAAGCGUCGGCAGGAGGAAGAGGAGGAGCGAAGACGCCAGAUUGAGGAUGCGACGCGGGGCGAUCGCACUGUCAUGAUUGUAUGCUUACAUCACAAGGCUGACGAGCGUGAUGUCUAUGAGUUCUUCUCGAAGAAUGCUGGCAAGGUGCGAGAUGUGCAGAUUAUCCGUGAUGCACGUACAGGCCGAUCCAAGGGCCUCGCCUACGUGGAGUUCUACCUGCAGGAAGCCACGCUGAAAGCCUUGGCGCUCAGCGGGCAGCCGAUCAAGGGUCAGGCAGUUCGUGUGCAGCCAUCCCAGGCGGAGAAGAACCGAGCGGCCCAGGCUGCAAAGGCCUCCAUUCACUACACGGCGCCUCGCGAGACCCCUCUGCGAUUGUACGUGGGCGGUCUCACGGACUCUUUGGCGAACAUUUCGGAGGAGGAGCUUAAGAAGCUGUUCUCGCCGUUUGGUGAGAUUGAGUUCAUUGAUCUGCACAGGGAUCCUUACACGAACAAGUGCAAGGGCUUCGCGUUCGUGCAGUUCAAGAACGCUUCAGAGGCGCGCGAGGCGAUGACGGCCAUGAACGGCUUCCAGCUGGCAGGCAAGGAGCUGAAGGUGGGUAUUGCAACGAGCGACAUGCAGCUCGGUGAGGGCGCUGGCGGCGCGAACAACCUGGCAAUUGGUGGUGAGAAUCUCCACGAGGAUGCCAGUGCCAUGGGCCCCAACGCCAGUCAGCCUGGCAUGCUGAAGGACGCAAACGACAGGCUGGCGCUCAUGCAGAAGCUGCAGCGCGAUAAUAUUCCAGGUUACAGUGGACCCGGUGUGCCAUCCAACAUCAUUGUGCUGCAUGGCAUGUUCAACCCGUCGCAAGUCAACUUGGCGGCUGAUCCAGAAUUCUUCAACGACAUCCACGCAGAUGUUGAGCAGGAGUGCCGAAAGUACGGCUCUGUCGUGAAGGUCUUUGCCGACCAGGGCAGCAGCAAGGGCGAUGUCUGGGUCAAAUUCGCCGACGCAACCUCUGCCUCGAACUGCCAGCGUGCACUCGACAGGCGUUGGUUCGCUGGGCAGCAGAUUAUCGCGGAAUUCAGCACCGAAGCUGCCUGGGCAGGCGUUGUGCGGUGA